AUGGUGGUAUCCAAGUCGGACGCAAUUAUCAUUGUUGGUGGAGGUGCCUUCGGCCUCUCGUCAGCCCUCCAUCUGUCACGAAAAGGAUAUACCAAUAUCUCCAUAUUCGAGAAAGACGACAGCGUCCCACCACGCUCUUCAGCAGCCAACGAUUUGAACAAGAUUGUGCGAGCCGAAUAUGAGGAUCCGUUUUACACAGACUUAACAAUUAAAGCAAUAGAUGCUUGGAAAACUCCAUUGUUUGCCCCUCACUUCCACCAAACUGGCUUCUUGCAUUGCGUUUCCGGCGCCGCCCCUGAGAAGGCCGUCGACACAUUGAACAGAUUCCGCGCCUCAGCUGAGAAAGAACCCAAGAUCCAGCCUCACGUCAUUCCCCUCAAAAAUGUAGACGAUGUCCGCUUGGCCUGUUGGCAGCUUGAUGGAGAGCUGCCAGGAUGGCACGGCUACUUGAACCGCUUCGACGGAUACGCUCACUCCGGCAAUGCGCUAGCAGCAGUCUACCGCGAAACCCAGGCAUCAGGAGUCCGUUUCUUCCUCGGAGAACAAGGCGCCGUCGAUGAAAUUGUGUAUGUGAGUACGCUAAAUGGCCGAAAGUGUGCCGGUAUCAGAACCAAGAACGGACGCUUUCACCCCUCAUCACUGGUGAUCGUUGCAGCCGGAGCUGGAGCCGGUCGCCUAGUUCCUGAAAUCGGAAAGGAAGUCGUGGCUAAGUCCUGGUCUGUCGCUCAUGUCCAUCUCACGGAUGAAGAGACCUCUGCUCUUCGCGGUAUCCCUGUGACCUAUGCGCGUGAUCUGGGAUUUUUCUUCGAACCUGAUCCGAAGACGAACCUGCUUAAACUUUGUCCGAUGGGUGGUGGGUACAUAAACACCGAUCCCAAGACUGGGGUCUCUCAUGCGCCUGAAAAUUUGGGUGAUAGUGCUUUCUUGCCCGAGGAAGAUGAGCAGCAGCUUAGGAAAUUGUUGCGUCAAACUCUCCCUUCGCUUGCCGAUCGGCCUUUUGUUAGGAAGUCUCUGUGUUGGUUUGCUGAUACCAAUGACUCGGACUUUAUUGUGGAUUAUAUUCCCGAGACAUCCUCGUCUAUUAUUCUUUUAUCUGGUGACUCCGGACAUGGCUUCAAGAUGUUCCCUAUUGUGGGAUCUUGGGUCACUGAUCUGCUGUCUGCUACUGAUGCUAAGCAAUCUGUGGCGCGCUGGCGGUGGAAACAGCCUUCUCCCAAUGCCGGAAAAGCCGAUUGGGGUGGUGAUGUUAGUUGGCGCCUUGGACAGUCUAAGGAGUUUCAUUCGAUUCUCCCUCCGAAGUCUUCUAAGCUGUAA